AUGUUGUCGAAAUUUCGGUCACUUACCCAUUCUGCGCCGUUCUUUAGCCGAGCAGCUUUCCAGAACAGUAAAAGCCGCUGGUGUGCACCUGCUUAUCACUUCGCUGCUUAUAAAGCAAGCGGUGUUACCGCAACUAAAGGUUUCACCACUUCGACAACUACUUUCUCUGAAACUGCAAAAAUGGUGAAGAUCGACGACACCUUUGUGAUGAACCACACGUGUAUCAGGAUCAAGGACCCUAAAGUGUCUGUUCCUUUCUACGAGCGCAACUUUGGCAUGAAGCUUCUCCAGAAGUUUGCCUUUGACAGCUUUACCUUGUAUAUGCUUGCCAUUGACGAUGGUUCUGGUGCCAAUUGGGCUGCUAGAGAGGGUGUUUUGGAAUUGACCCAUAACCACGGUGCUGAAGAUGACCCUGAUUACUCGGUGAACAAUGGUAACGGCGAGAAGUUCAGAGGGUUUGGUCAUAUCUGUUUCUCAGUGGACAACAUUGAAGCAACCCAGGACAGAUUGUUGCAAGGUGAUGUCAAGUUCCAGAAGAAAUUGACUGAUGGAAGACAGAAGAACAUUGCUUUUGCUUUGGACCCUGAUGGAUACUGGAUUGAGCUCAUUGAGCACGGUAAGGAUAAGAAGGAUGGAUCCACUGAUCCUGCUUCCUAUAAGCUCAACCACUCGAUGAUCAGAGUCAAGGAUGCUAACAAGUCGCUUGAGUUCUACAGAAAGGCUCUUGGUAUGAAGCUUUUCACCAAGAAAGAGUUUGAGGCUGCGAAAUUCACUUUGUACUUCCUUGGCUACGACCAUGCUUCUACGCUGGAAGAGGGUGCAAUUAUCGAAGGUGAGGCUCCUCCUUCCAAGCAAGCUCUCCAGCAGGGUCUUCUUGAGCUCACUUACAACUGGGGCACUGAGUCUGACCCUAACUUUGAAGGCUACCACAACGGUAACUCUACUGAAAAUGGUGCUAAACAGGGCUACGGCCAUAUUUGCGUUGCAUGCAAGGAUCCAGCUUCCUUCUGCAAAGCCAUUGAAGAGGAGUUUGGUGAUUCUGCCGACUGGUCUGUCAAGUGGAACCAAGGUAAGAUGAAGAACUUGGCUUUCAUCAGAGACCCCGAUGGAUACUCAAUUGAGAUCAUUCCACUGGACAUGUUUGGCAGCAAAUAG